AUGAUUGACAGUUUAUUUGUUCUAAGUCCCUCAGGAAAAAUAAUUAUUGAGAAACAUUGGCGUGGUCUUAUUAAUCGUCAGUUAGUAGAUUAUUUCAAUGAACAAGUUUCAAGCCAACUUUCACACGAGGAAGUUUUACCAAUCAUAUCAACACCAAAAUAUCAGUUAGUACAUGUUUAUCGUUCAGGCUUAACAUUUUUAAGUCCAGUCUCUAAAGAAGAGUUUCUUCAUCGAAUUGUUGAUAUUUUAGCAGAAUAUUUUGGAGAAAUUGCAGAAAUAUCAAUAAAAGAUAACUUUGAUACUGUUUAUCAGCUUUUAGAAGAAAUGAUGGAUUAUGGAUAUCCUUUGACAACUGAACCUAAUGCAUUAAGAGAAAUGAUAGUACCACCAAAUAUUAUCAAUAAAGUAAUAAGUCAAGUUGCUGGUGUGACAAGUGUAUCUCAGCAUGUACCCAAUGGUAGUACAAUAUCAAGUAUACCAUGGAGAAAAGCAGGUGUCAAAUAUACUAAUAAUGAAAUCUAUUUUGAUGUAAUUGAAGAGAUAGAUGCAAUUGUUGAUAGUAAUGGUACAAUAGUGUCAUCAGAAACACAUGGUUUAAUACAAGCAAAUUGCCGUUUAUCUGAUCUUACAUUAAAUUUUGUCAAUCCACGAAUCCUGGAUGAUUGUAGUUUUCAUCCUUGUGUAAGAUAUAAUAAAUUUGAACACGAACGUGUUCUUUCUUUUGUACCACCCGAUGGACAUUUUAAAUUAAUGAGCUACAGAGUGAAUUUACCACAUCAAAAUACAAAUACAUUACCUGUUUAUGUUAAGCCACAAAUAUUUAUGGGAAAUAAUGGUGGUAAAUUUGAUAUAUCUAUUAUAAUAAGAAAUACAGAUGGGAAAUCAGUAGAAAAUGUAUUAUUGGUAUUUCCACUUGCUCAAUCAGUAACAAAUGUUAAUGCUACAUGUAAUCUUGGUUCUUAUAUUUAUGAUCCUGUAACAAAGGUAGAAACCAAAGAUAGAACACCAAAUUUAUCAGGAAAUUUUAGUUGUCUUGAACAAACACCAGAAUCAGGAUAUACAAUUACACUUGAUUUUGUUAUAAAUAUGUUUGCUAUAUCAGGACUUAAAGUGGAUAGUUUGAAACUUUAUAAUGAAGGAUAUAAACCAUAUAAGAGAGGUCUUACAAAAUAUGGAGGAAAAUAUACUAUAACAUUAAUUCCGGGUGACGGAAUUGGUCAAGAAACUGCUAAUGCCGUGAAGACUAUUUUUAAGGCAGCUAAUGUUCCUGUUGAAUGGGAACAAUUAGAUGUAACUGGUUAUACUCAGGAAGAUGAUAUUUUAUUUGAACAAAGUGUUCAAAGUAUAGAAAGAAAUAAAGUCGCGUUAAAAGCUCAUCAAUCUUUUAACGUCGCAAUGAGAAAGAAUCUUGAUAUAUAUGCAUCUUUAGUUCUUAUUAGAAAUCUUAAAGGUUAUCCUACUCGACACAAAGAUGUUGAUUUUGCAAUCAUUCGUGAGAAUACGGAAGGCGAAUAUUCUGGUUUGGAACAUCAGUCAUAUCCGGGAGUUGUAGAAUCACUUAAAAUUGUGACUAGAGAAAAAACAGAACGUAUUGCGCGUUUUGCUUUCGAUUUUGCAUUAAAGAAUGGUCGAAAAAAAGUCACGUGUGUUCAUAAGGCUAACAUAAUGAAACUCGGUGACGGAUUAUUUCUUAAUACUUGUCGUCAAAUAGCAGAAGGAUAUAAAUCUUCUGGGAUUGAAUUUGACGAUAUGAUAGUUGACAAUUGUUCUAUGCAAUUAGUAUCUAGACCUCAACAAUUUGAUGUUAUGGUAAUGCCUAAUUUAUAUGGUAAUAUCGUAAGUAAUGUCGGAGCAGCUUUGGUUGGUGGACCGGGUAUUAUUCCUGGGGCAAAUAUUGGAAGAGAGUACGCUUUAUUUGAACCGGGAUGCCGCCAUGUCGGUAAAGAUAUUAAAGGUUUAAAUUUAGCGAAUCCAUCAGCAUUAAUUUUGUCUGGAGUAUUGAUGUUACGUCAUUUAGGAUUAGAUGAUUAUGCUUCCAGAAUUCAUAAUGCUGUUAAACAAACGAUUCAACGUGGAGCGGCUAAAACACCUGAUAUGGGAGGUACAUCUACGACCACUGAUUUUACUCUCUCAGUCAUUUCUAAUCUGACAAUUUUUUAA